AUGGGCAGGGCCGCAGGCAUGGCCCUCCGGGGAACGCAGUUCUUCAUUCGCAGUAUACAAUUUUGCUGCGCCGCCAUCGUGCUCGCGCUCUUCUCCUACUUCCUAGCAACUCUCAACAACCACGGCAUGCAUAUCGGCACGUGGGUGCGCGCCGUCGGAGGCAUUUCCGGAGCCGCCGUUGUCUACACCAUCUUUGCCCUACUGAUGCUCUGCUGCGCCCCCGGCCGUUCGUUCCCGUCCUUCGUCAUGAUGAUGCUCGACGUGGCCUUCGUUGGCGCCUUCAUCUACGUCGCUGCCGCCAACCGCGGCGGCGCCUCGUCCUGUAAUGGCGAGGUCGAUACGCCGUUUGGCAGGGGGAACGCCGACACCAACGUGGUGGACAACGGCAGCGGCGGUUUCACGGCGCUGCCGAGCUUGAGGCAGGCCUGCAAGAUGGAGACGGCAUGUUUAGCUGUGUCGAUAGUUGCUGUCCUCUUCUUCACCCUCUCCCCCUUCGUUAGCCUCGCCCUCGUCCGGCAUCGCAAGAAAGAAAUGCGGCUGGGGCCCUCGCCGGCCAACGACUACACCCAAGGCUACGGCCGCAGGCGGUUUAACUUCUUCGGCUUCAGCCGCAAGCGCGCCGCGAGUGCGGGUGCGGCCCAGAAUCCCAACGUCCUGCCGGAGCAUUCUACCCCGGAUGACUUGCGCCAUAGCUAUGCGACAGAGCAGACUCGGGUUGGCAGCAGUGGCGGCUAUGGCGGUCUGGGCGACGGCACCACUAAGCACGAGCCAUUGUAUGUAACUGGGGGGAAUAACAUCAAUAUGACCAACUACCCGAAUGCCAGCACGGGGUAUCGGUACGACAACAGCGGGUAUGACAACAGCGGGUAUGACAACAGCGGGUAUGACAACAGCGAAUAUGACAACAGCGGAUAA